AUGAUGCCUCAUGGAGACGCCUGCUGUGCAGCGUCUGGGGAUAAGGCCAAGAGCGAACGGCGUGAACCUCUCAUCCUGGAAAGGGUCCCGGAAGACAUGGGAGAAAGCUGUCCAUCAGCGUUGCUGCGUCGCCUUAAAAAACACUGCUCGUGCUCACCGCAAAAGAUCAAGUCCAAGAUCCUGGGUUUCGUCCCUAUCUUAAAAUGGCUGCCGCGCUACCAGCUGAGAGACUGGCUCCUCGGAGAUGCCAUGUCAGGACUCAUCGUGGGAAUACUAUUGGUACCUCAGUCCAUCGCGUAUUCCCUAUUAGCGGGCCAGGAUCCCAUUUACGGGCUCUACACCUCAUUCUUUGCCUCCAUCAUCUACACCCUGCUGGGCACCUCAAGACAUAUCUCUGUGGGCAUUUUCGGGGUGCUCUGCCUGCUGGUGGGUCAGGUCGUGGAAAGGGAGUUGGCCUUGGCUGGGUAUCUCACAGAGGGCAUAGGCAGCAACAGAAGUGUCGCACAGAUGGACGGCAACAAUAGCGUGGCGGAGACGUGUGACAGAAGCUGCUACGCUAUCACCGUCGGGGCAACGGUUACCUUCACUGCAGGGGUGUACCAAGUGCUGAUGGGUAUCUUCCAGGUGGGAUUCGUGUCCGUCUACCUGUCGGACUCGCUGCUCAGUGGUUUCGCCACAGGGGCUUCGCUCACCAUUCUCACCUCGCAAGUCAAGUAUCUGCUAGGGUUAAAGAUCCGCCGGCCACAGGGAUGGUUCACGCUCUUCAAGACUUGGUAUAGCCUGCUGGCCAACCUGGGGCACACCAACAUCUGUGAUCUGAUUACUAGCCUGGUAUGCUUGUUGCUGUUGCUGCCCGCCAAGGAGCUCAAUGGCCGCUUCAAAGCCGAGUUGAAGGCUCCAAUUCCCUUCGAGCUCUUUGUGGUCAUCAUCGCGACACUGGCGUCUCACUUCGGUCGCUUCAAUGCCAACUACGCCUCGGAUGUCGCCGGCGAGAUCCCGACAGGAUUCCUGCCACCGCAGUUGCCAGAUUGGUCGCUCAUUCCCAGUGUGGCGGUGGACGCCUUCUCCAUCGCUUUGGUGGGAUUCGCCAUAACCGUGUCCCUGUCGGAGAUGUUCGCCAAGAAGCACGGUUACCGAGUGGACGCCAACCAAGAGAUGUAUGCCAUCGGUUUCUGCAACAUCCUGCCGUCCUUCUUUCGGUGUUUCACCACAAGCGCCGCCCUGACCAAGACGCUGGUCAAGGAGUCGACGGGUUGCCAGACACAGGUUUCGGGCCUGGUUAGUGCCGUGGUGCUGCUACUGGUGCUGCUAGUGAUUGCGCCACUGUUCUAUUCUCUCCAGAAGUGCGUGCUGGCCGUCAUCAUUGUGGUCAACCUUCGCGGUGCCCUGCGCAAGUUUGCCGAGGUUCCCCGGAUGUGGCGCGCCAACCGCGUGGACGCAGCCAUCUGGUUAAUCACCAUGGCCACUUCGGCACUGGUCAACACGGAGCUAGGCCUCCUGGUAGGCGUCCUUGUGUCCGCCUUCUGCGUACUUGGCCGGACGCAGUGGGCUCAAGCGCUCAAGCUGGGUCGAACGGUUGACAGGGAUCACUACGAUGUGCUGUCGGCUUACCGCGGCCUUCGGUCACACCCGGGCGUGGCCGUCUUCAGGUACCCGGCGCCCAUCUACUAUGCCAACCAGAGUCUUUUUAAGAAGUCUUUGUAUCAGCAUGUGGGUCUCGACCCGGUGCGGGAGAAAAUGCGGCGGGUCAAGUUUGAGAAGAAGCUAAAACAGCGGAAGGCCGCGCAGGAAUCAGCUACCAAAGAGGACGGCGAGAGUACCACUGGCAUCACACUUAUCCCGGACCAUGAACCUUUACACAGUUUAGUACUGGACUGUAGCGCCGUCUUGUUUCUGGACAGCGCUGGUGUUAACGCCCUGAUAGAAGUGCGCAAAGAUUACCGUGAGCUGGGGGUGGCGCUGGUCCUGGCUCAGUGCAACACAACCGUCCUGGAUGCUCUCCGACGAGGUGGGUAUCUCCCGGAAAAAGAGGGAGAAGAUGAUGGCUUGACCUUCUUCACCAUCACAGAUGCCGUCCAUCACGUUCAGCACGCGUUGGCGCAAAAUGGGGAUUACAGCACCAAAAAUUGA